ACGCGCCAAAUUCGUAUCGGGUGGAAGGCGCAACGGAAGCCAAACAACAGUGUAUUUUAAAUAGUUUUAUCUGUCAAUUUUAAACACUUUUGUAGGAGAUUUUUUAUCCUCAAUAUGUCUCAGAAAGCAGGCUAUUCACCCAGCUUUAAGCGACCCUCGGAAAUCAUGCGAAUGAGGAGGAAAAGAGCCCAAAGCAUCGCCGGUGUCUCCCCCAGCCCGAGCUCUACAGACAGUCCGGGACAAAGCAGCUCCUCCCCGGCCUGUGUUCGGCCUUUCUCUCCGGGGCCGCUCUUCAACAGCCAGAACCGCUCCGGAGGCGGGACGAAACGCAGAAACCCGUUCGCAAAUAUCGAAAACACGUACAGCCCCAACAAGAAGUUUAUAAUUCAUAACGAUGACGGGAAUAUUGAGGCUGUAAAUACACGGCGAGACAACGAGGAAGACAUGUCAACAAAGACUGACUGUCAGGGAGUUUUUUCUUUCAGUUCGAGUCUGACCGAGGCCGAGAAACAGGAGCGAGGAGAGGUUUCCAGCAAGAAGUGUCUGACUUUCUCUGAGGAUGACUCUCUGUUUGAAGAAGAGGAGGAAAAUGCUAAAAGUCCACUUUUGAAGAGUCCUCAGGCCAUCACUCCUGCUUCUAUCGCUCCUGCUUCUAUCGCUCCUCCCGUGUGUACAGAGUUUCCAGCAGACUGGAGCCUGAAGACUCGCCUCCUCUUCACGUCUCCCCUCACCAUGUCAUGGUCCGAGCAGCCUAAAGCGCAGGAGGAGGCCCUGGGGCUCAGCCAGCACUGCAGAGCGCAGUUUAUUUCCCUGCCUCACAGUCUACAGGAUCCCAGGUCCUGCCCAGACCUUCGUUGUGCCUUCCAGCAAAGUCUGGUGUACUGGCAGCAUCCGUCUCUUCCCUGGAUCCCUCUGUUCCCCAGGAUCAAUGUUGAGAGGAACUUCAAGGGGAAGAGCACCCCCUGGGCACAAGACGUGUCACUGCAGCAGAGUCUAAUGAGUGAAUGGUCAGUCAGUCUGUCAUCUCUCUACGGUCUCCUGAAGGCCAGACUGUGUCCUUAUUUCUACCUCUGCUCCUAUCAGUUUACAGUUUUAUUCAGAGCAGCAGGUCUCGGUGGUUCCAACACCAUCACAGCACUGAUUUCUCCAACAACUCGAGGUAUCAGGGAGGCGAUGAAGGCUGAAGGUAUAGAGUUCAGUCUCCCUCUAGUGGAGGAGAGACGGAGGAGCAAGGGCCAGCAGAACGUGGCUGAACAGCAAGGAGAGGAGCAGGAUUUGAAGGAGUGCUCUGAGCUGACAGAAGGCGUGGACUAUCCGGCAGGUGACGAGGGGGGAAAUGACGCAGACAACGAUGAAGACAGCAGCUUCUCCUGGCUGAAGGAGAUGGGAAUCCAGGACAAAAUCAAGAAGCACGACAACAUCAUCAUACAACUUCGUAAAGAGGGACAAGCUGUGUCUCUGGACCAUAAACCAGAGUCUGUGGUGUGUGUGGAGGGACCUCACACUUUCACCCUCAUCAACUUCCUCAUUAACUGUAAGAGUCUUGUGGCUGCAGCAGGUUCCCAGGCCGGGUUACCACCAACACUGCUGGCUCCUGUCGCUUUCAGGGGAGCAACAGUGCAAACACUGAAGGCCCGCAGUGUGAACGUGAAGAGCCAGGUCGGUUCUAGCUUCCAGAACAUCAGCAGUCUGGAGAUCACAGGACCCAUCCUCCCCUCCUCUCUCCACACCAUCACAACCCUUCUUCGACCCUCACAGAAAGGAAACUUCUCUGCUACACUUUACACGCACGCACCCACUGCUGUCAUGAACACGCACACCAGCACGCAGCAGUGUACCGGGGGAUCGGUCGACUUGUCCGGUUGCGGUCUCCAUCCUGCCUCCGUCCAGCAGCUGCAGCAGCCGUCCAGCCUGGGUAAGAGUGCGCUGACACACAUCAACAUGAACAACUACAGCUACACAUGGAAGAACUGAAGCUGAGUGGACAAUGCACGACUUUCCUGUUGCUCAUAAGUUAUCGUCGGUCAAACUUGUGUUCAGAUCAACAGGCAACCCUAUUUUAAAAUGUCUUUUAAAACAGAUUUUAUUGCAUUAUAUAUUUUAUUUUUAAGGUCUUAAAAUGAAAUGUUCGGAGGAUGAAUUUGUUUUCAAUUUUGUUUUAAUUUUGAGGAAGAAUUGAUAAAAAUGUAUGUUGGUGUGUGUGGUGUGACGUUGUGAGUUGUGUUCAGGACUUGAUCGCUUAGGUAAUAAAGUCAUUCUCUGUGAAAUGUAGUGUUCAAGGCAUAGUUCAUGGAACUAAUGACAAAUAAAUGCGUUAUUAUGAUUCA